AUCAACACCCUCAUCCUCCUCGCCACCUUUGGCCGAGGGAUUUUCAAAAGCGAUUAAAUGGUUGUAUUUUCAUGGCGUAGUAUUUCUUAUACUCCUAGAAUAAUAAUAAUUCUCUUUGAUUUUGCUGAUAAAAAAAAAAAAAGGAAAAAAACUUUCAAAAGCAAUUACUGAUAAUGAACUCGCAUUACAAUGGGAUUCAUGGUAGGAAAUUUUUCACCAUGAGUAUAGUGCAGAAGGUAUUCAGCAGAGAAAGGGGCUCGAAAAGGUCCAGUAUAAUGUACCCGGAGAUAACAGUACCCAGAAUGGAUUUUUUUAAAUCAAUCAACCAUUCAUCAGAAGAAGAUGAAGAAGAUGCAGGAGAAGAAGAAGAAGAAGAAGAGGAAGAAGAAGAAGAAGAAGAUGCAGAAGAAGAUGCAGAAGGAGUCGAAGAAGCAGAAGAAGCAAGGGCCGCAGAAGGUAUUAGCUGCAUAGCUUUCAGUCCAACUGGGGCAUUCUUAGUUUCUGGAUCGCACUUUUUUACUUUAUGGAAUAUGAACACUUUCGAAGGGGAAACAAUAUCCUUCCAAGCGGGGACUCAAAUACCAAUAACGCAAGUUACUGUUAUGACUGAUGAGAAGAAGAUACUGUUUUCUCUUUCAAACGGCGAGGUCUUAGUUGCACAUAUCAACGACAAUGGUGAAGUUGGAAUAACAAAAGUGGGAAGUCAUGUCAGAGCUGUCAGCGGCCUUAUCAGAGACAUUGGCAAUCCGCAUCUGGGUUAUUCAUGUGGGAAAGAUGGAUUUAUAAAAAGUUUUGAUAUCCGUAGCCCUGGUCUUACCAGUCUCCUAAAGUGUCAAAGAUUUGAAAAUAACCCAUCACUCAGCCUAAAAUUGAAUGGCAUCUUGCAGAAUCCUGACAAUCCUCAAUGCAUUACUGUCUGUGGAGAUGAUGCAUGCACCAGAGUUUACGAUCUCAGGCAGUUGAAAGAAGGUCCGAAAUGUCUUUACUUGCCACGUGAUCUUGCUAACAGAAGUACUGCUUGCAUUAAAGGCAUAGCAUAUUCAAACAAGGGGCAACUAUUGGCUUCUUACAACAACCAAAAGAUUUAUAUGUUCCAACAGGAAAUGGGAUCUUUUCCAUUAUAUAUUAGUGAAGCUCAAGUUUAUCAGGGGCACACGGAUGAUGACCAGAUAGAUAGACAUGACAUAACUUUCUUUGGUUCUAAAGAUGAGUACAUUGCCUCUGAAUCAGCAUGUGGAAGGAUUUUCUUUUGGAAUAAAAGAGAGCCCAAUAGGGUUAGUCGCAUCGGGAGUGACUUACCCCCUGUAAGGUGCAUGACAAGGCAUCCUCACCCCCAAUGUCCCAUACUCGCUACUGGUGGAGUGGAUCAACUUGUUUGUCUCUGGGCUCCUAAGCUGCUGAUAAAUUAAGCCGAAUUGAAGAUGGUGUGUAUAUCAAGGCAACCCAAUCCAUCUUCCUCUGCUGCAUACUGGUAUAUAUGGCAAUUUUGACCCUGGGGUCUUAAACAGUAUAGGAACAGUACUUUUUUUUAUUUUCUUUUUGAAAAUAGUAAAUAUGUUGAUUCAUC